UUGCGGGAAUGUCUACGCUUCGCUUGUGUCUUUGAGGAACCAUGUCAAGUACAUGCAUCCGUCAAAGACGGGCCACUGGUGCAUGCUCUGCCGUAGAGAAUUCGUCAGCGAAGCGAAUUUGAUGAACCACAGGAACACAGCGCACCCCGCCGGCGCGACGAACUGCACUCGCUGCGGUUUGCAGUUCCCGUCCGUGGCGCGACUUCGAAGCCACGAGUUGUACAAGCAUGCAGCCGUCAGCCAUAAGUGCAGACACUGUCACAAGGCUUUCGCUUCCGACUCUAGGCUGCAGCGACAUGUACAACGCUUACAUUAGACCAGUGGUGGACAAACUAUUUUCAUGGAGGGCAUUUUAGACCAAAAAUGCAGUGCUGGCCAUAUCACACACUAUUUUGAAGGACAGGAC